UACACAGUGCCUCGCUGUCUAGCAUGUGAAGGGGUUGUGGCUUUCACCUCUCUCUCUUACAUGCAUACACCCACUAUAACCCACCCAACUGGCAAUUUUUGAUACAUUCUCAUAGAUAGCCCGAAUGAGGAGAGUGAGGACAAAAUUAGUCUAGGAUUCUACUCUGAUUCUCUUGCUCUUUUCCACAUCUCUCUCCACUCUUCUUUCUUUUUAACCAUUCUUUUUUAUAACACCAUAUAUCUGUUAAUAUUACUAGCUGCAAUAACUUCAUUCUUGUAAGUGUUCUUUCUUCAAGAAAAGAGAAGGAAAGUAUGAAUGCUUUCGCUCAGGAAUGUAGUAGCGGGUGUGAGUCUGGUUGGACUCUUUACUUAGAACAAUCUUUUCUUGGUAAUAACAAGAAGCAAAGGAAUAAUAAUUCUACGCGUUCUUGUGAAAAUUAUGUUAAAGAUGAAGAAAUUAUGAUGAGAGAACAUAACGAUCGUGAUGAUAAUCAUGAUGAUGAGGAGGAGGAGGAUUUGUCGAUGGUCUCUGAUGCCUCGUCAGGACCUCCUCCUCAUCAGAAUGUUCAUGAAGAAGAAAGUUAUAGUUUCAAUUAUUAUGACAAUGGCGGCUUUUAUCCUGCAUUUAAUGAUACUACAUUGAUCAAUAAUGGUGGUAUUAAAAGACAAAGUGAGCAUAGACGCCGCGGCGGAGAUAAGGAGCAAGAAAUAGUUCCUGCUAAUUUUCUUGAUGAUACUGCUAGUUCUCCGGCUAUCAACUGGUCCAAGAAUCAAGCUUCAAUGCAGAGUACAUUGGAUUAUUCACAAGCUGCAGCUGGUUUUUCAGCUACUCAUUUUGAGGGGAUAUCUGCAUAUCAAGACCACUUUGGUUAUAUACAGCCUUCUUCUCUAUCUGGAAACCAGCUCCAAAAUAACCAAUGGUUUUAAGGGGAAGAUAAUGAGAGAUGAGCAAUUAAGUUAUUUGCAUCCAAAUUGCUGCCAUUUUAGCACAUUGAAGUUGCUUCAAAAGAAAUGGUGCUGUCAAAGUAACAAGAAAAUGGAUCUUCAUUAUAUAGAUCUUGUUCUUUCUUUCUUUCAUUUUUUUUUUCUUUUUCUAGUUUUUUUCUUUACUGUCAAUGCUAUGAGAAGCAACCUGAGAAAAGAAGUUGGAAAUAAAUUUCUUUGUUCUUCAAAAUUUAAUUCUCUUGUUAAUGAA